UAGCAUAAGAAUUCUAUAAAAGUGUUACUCAAUCAAUCUAAUGUAAUCAAAUCAGCUACACACAAAAAGACCAAACAUGAGUUCCAAAAUGCAAACGCUCAUCCUUUUGUUAGUCUUAACAAUAUCCUCAGUCACUGUCAAAGCAUCACCAACCGAUGCCGGCAUUGCCAUCUACUGGGGUCAAAACCUAGAAGAUGGCACUUUGUCCUUAACAUGUGACACUGGUAACUACAAGAUUGUACUCUUAGCUUUCCUCAAUGUCUUUGGAUCAGGAAUACCUCCAAGCUGGAACUUCGCCGGUCAUUGCGGGGACUGGAGUCCAUGCACAAAACUCGAACCCGAAAUCAAAUACUGUCAACAGAAAGGUAUCAAAGUUUUACUUUCCAUUGGAGGUGCUUCUGGAACUUACUCCCUUAGCUCACCAGAUGAUGCUAAAGAUGUUGGCGACUAUCUGUAUACUAACUUCCUUAGUGGCCGAUUUGGUCCACUUGGAAGUGUUACGUUAGACGGUAUUGAUUUUGAUAUUGAAGGAGGUUCGAAUCUUUAUUGGGAUGACCUUGCUAGGUAUCUUGACAGUCUAAGACAGCAAAACAGGUACUUUUACUUGGCUGCUGCACCUCAAUGUUUCAUGCCAGAUCACUAUCUAGACAAAGCUAUCAAAACGUGGUUAUUUGAUUAUGUACUUGUUCAGUUCUACAAUAACCCUCCAUGCCAAUAUGAUAUAGCAAACUCUGAUGCUACAUUGCUCUUACAAUCAUGGAGUGCUUGGACAUCGUUGGUUCUACCAAAUAAUACUGUUUUCAUGGGAUUACCAGCAGCACCUGAAGCAGCUCCUAGUGGUGGUUAUAUACCACCAAACGAUCUCAUUACUAAGGUUCUUCCUUACAUUAAACCUACUUCUAACUAUGGAGGAGUUAUGCUUUGGGAUAGGUUUCAUGAUGUUGGAAAUAAUUACAGCAAUCAGAUAAAGGAACAUGUUAAACAAUCUGAUCUUCAAUUUGUGACACAACUUUCCAAAGUAAUAACUGGGUUUGUCUCGGCAGCUUUGAAUGGCAUGUUGCCAAAUUAAAUCAUGUUGUAGAUCGAUGUCGAUUGCGCAAAACACUAUAUGUAUGUGUAUUGAAUAAGAGUGAACUCAGAUUCUCUACAGUCAACUUUUAGGGUGACUGUAUACUGUUGGAUUAAGAAUGAAAAAUGAUGAGAGCUUGUUAAGUUAAGUAACUUUAGGCAAUGCUAUGUAUCUAUCAGUCUAGUUGCUAUCUGAUUUCCAUGGUGUUCAUGUAACCUAAGGGAACCAAAGCAUCUUUUCCUAUCUUAUGUUAAAUAUGUAUUAGAUUUUGUUUGAUUUCCA